UCCGGAGAUCAUGUGAUAGCGGUCAGUUCAAGAUGGCUCCUCUUGUGGAGGAACACUUCAGCUCCUUGCAGCUCUUGUUGAAGGCUCCAUCCAAAGACAUAGUGCGACAGCUAUGUACGGACAGUUUCCCGUCCAGGGCACCUGAGUCUCGUGCUCUAAUAGACAACACUGCACGGAUCCUCUCCGUGUCCAGUAGUGAGGCGAUGCAGGUGCUGACAGCCCUUCAUAUGCUCUCACAUCAUGUUGUGUACCACAAUUUAGCAGCACCGGAACAAAUCCUGUCCAUUUUUCCUGACACUUUUCACCCAAACCUCAAGAAUCUGCUUACGAAGAUCCUCCUGGAACAAAGCACAACAUGGAGAAAUGAAUCUUUGGCCAAUCAGAUCUCUUUACCACAGCUUGUAGAUAUGGAGUGGAGGGUGGACAUGAAGACAGCCUCAGAUUCAGUGAGCCGCAUGGCUGUGCCUACCUGUAUCUUGCACAUGAAGAUUCAGGACUCCCCCCAUGUGAGCGGCAGUUCUUGUGACUCUUCAGUGACUGUGGAGCUGAGCAAAGAAACUCUGGAUACCAUGUUGGACGGCCUGGGCCGCAUCAGAGACCAGCUGUCCGCUGUGGCUGGAAAAUAGACUCGAUCUGUAACACGUUGGAGAGAACUCUACUUUUCCCCUCAGCUUAGUUAAUUCAUAGUAUAGCAUAUCUGUCCCCACUGUUUGACAGCACCACUGAGGUGCUCUGAGGAUUAAAGUUGUAUAUGCACCCUCUUGGGCACAAAAAGCCUUUGCAUUUUUUUGGACCGUCAGCCAAACUGUUGAGCAUCUGUAGCCUGUGGAUAACAGUGCUCAGACUAGGAAAGGACUAAUUGCUUGAGUGCAUUGCCAAAACAUGAGUAUGCACAACUGGCUGACAUGCAGCAUAGAGAAGAAAAAACCCAGCCGUCUGUUUCUUACAAUGACAAUGUAACCUGUUGCAUUUUCAGGGACAUCAUAAAUGGCAGAUGGCACAACUGGGCUUCAAGCAAGAAGUUAAAAAAAAAGAGAACAGCCUGGUCGUUUUUAUAUAAAGGUUUAGUAAAUUGUGCUCUGCUUCUGAAAAUGCCAUUUUUGUUAACUGUGUAGACUAACCUUGAUAAUGUAAUGUAUGUUGUUGAUUUAUGUAAAUGCCAUGGCAGCACUCAGUGUGAUGGAAAGAACCAGAAAAAAACAGUACAGAUUAUUAAAACAAAUUCAUCAUCCAAA